CUAUCUUUCAUUCCCAGCAUCGGCACAUCGGCAUGUUUCAAGGUCUCAAAUUCGAGCCACAAAUCACAUCAUAGGGAGUAUGGUACUGAAUCACAUAAGUAGACGGCAAAGAAGUCGGGUUCUCCGUUAGAUGGGCUCAUUGACGCGACAACACUUGCCGAAGAGAUGUUAGGGUUGCACUAGACGUUGCGCGGAAAUGGGCAAUUCAGUUGACCUGCUGUUGGUGGUACGGGCCCGUCACAGAGCACGGAAGGUUACUGCCGAGGUAUCACCACGAUACGAAGUAUACGGGAGUGCUGCCCUUCACAGGUUGGAGAGACAAACGACAUUUACAUUUCCGCAAGAUAGAUCUUCUACCCUUUGCCCAUGACUAGUGUGUUAUCUCAAUUUUUUUUGUUCAUGGGCUCCUUCGUUUCUUUGUCCCUUUGUGUGCGAGUAUCACCGUGUCUGUUUUGGACCAACCCAUAAUGUUGGCAGUUGCCGCAUUAGGAAGGUCCGUACCGUAGUGGCAGAAGCUUAUUUCCAUUAAGACCUUCCUAAAAGUUCAUAAUGCCCGCUGUCACAGCAGCUAUCAUCACUCAUGAGUGGCAUUUGACGAGCGCUUCGCGAUUGGCGCUAUAGAAGGCGUGCGAUGGCAUAUGAUCUUGGUGUGUAUCACGCAACCAGUUCUCGCAUCACCUUCCUGAGAUGAGUGCUCGUAUCCAUCUAGUUUGGGGGUUGGGGUUUUGAGCGUCCUACCUCGUGGUAUAAAGGGGAAACCAUGUGCGCGAUGGCGGAUCCCUUUGCCUACAUUGUGCUCCCCCGCCUCUCAGACAACUGCUCUUGCUUCUGUGCCAAUGUCUGCCCCUGUCGGCAAAGUUCUCACCCCUAUUGAGGGUAGGGUCGUCUCAGUUCCCAGCGACGAGGCGAUCGACGAGAAGAUCCGUCUCGACAGCGACGCGACAGAGAUUCUGAAAGAUGAAGACCUGGUGAUAGUUACUGAGACUAAGUCUGGUAGUAACGAUGACUCCGACAGCGGUACUGACGAUGCGAUUAUCGUUACGGGCGCCGACGCGGCGAAGCAUCUGUUGCCGCUGCGGGACGAUCUCGAGCCAGCGCUGACCUUCCGAAGUCUCUUCUUGGCUACUAUCCUCUCUGCUUUCCAGGCUGUGAUGUACCAAAUAUAUUAUUUCAAACCAACGGCCAUCACCAUCCAAGGAACUUUUAUUGUCAUCAUUGCCUACUUUCUUGGUAAGGCAUGGGCCGCUUUCCUCCCCCGUGGCGAUCUAUUUGAGGCACGGUGGAGGGAGCGUGGCGGUCAGGGAAAAGUUCCCCGAUGGAUCUCAGUCGUUUCUUUCUUCAAUUCCGGACCUUGGAAUCUAAAAGAGCACGCAAUUUGCACGAUAACUGCCACAUCGGCCUCCAACGGUGCCGCAGCCAUUAUUGUGUUCGCGGCGCAAGACCUUUUCUAUAACCUACCCUUAAAAGCAAGCACCGUCGUCUUGUGUACACUCUCGAUUGGACUGUUUGGUUAUGGAAUAUCCGGUAUAAUGCGCCCAAUCGCCGUCUGGCACGUCGAUGCAGUGUAUUGGAGUACUCUUCCCACAGUCAAAACUCUCCAAGGAAUGCAUUGGCAGGAGGUGAAAGACUCUAAGCCCAUCCGAUUCUUCUGGUACGCCUUUGCAGGCAUGUUCGCCUACGAGUGGUUCCCUGCCUAUAUUUUCCCUUUCCUCAACUCGGUCUCUAUCCCCUGUCUUGCCGCUAUGCAUGCCACAGGCAGCAAGGCGGCUGUGCUCACAAAUCUUUUCGGCGGGUCAAUCAACAACGAAGGGCUAGGUCUCUUCACCUUGUCCUUCGACUGGCAAUAUAUUACUUCCUUCCAGACAUCCCUUCCCCUCACACUGCAGGCCAAUGCCGCCGCAGGAUUUUUCGUCUGCUUUCUUGCGAUGAUCGGCAUAUACUACACCAAUGCCUGGGGCUCAAAGUCACUACCAUUUAUGUCGUCGCGGCUACUAUCCGACGACGGCUCAGCAUAUCCUAUCAAAAAGGUCUUUGCUGGUGGUGUGCUUAAUACGGAUGCUCUAGCCAUUUAUGGAAUCCCCAACAUUACCGGGACCUUCGCAUACGCCAUGUUCAUGGCAAAUGCUGCCAUCGGUGCCCUAAUUGCACACUGUAUCCUCUUUUGGGGUGGUGACAUCAAAAGGGCGUACAAAAGCGCAAAAAAAGGAAAUUAUAGUGACCGACAUCAUGCGUACAUGACCAAACAUUACAAGGAAGCCCCAUGGUGGUGGUACAUUAUUCUUCUUGUUAUCAGCUUCGUCCUUGGUCUCGCAAUCGUCAUCAAGGAAAAAAAUAUCCUUCCGGUUUGGGCGUACAUUGUCUCGCUGAUACUGGGAAUAGUCAUCUCACCCUUCAGCAUCAUUCUCUAUUCUCGUUACGGUAAUGGCAUUGCUACGAAUAACUUGUCGAAGAUGCUAGCAGGUCUGAUGCUCCCCGGCCGCCCCGUUAGUAAUAUGUACUUUAAUGCUUGGUCACAUACUGUCAUUUCGAACUCGCUGAAUCUGUGCAACGAUUUGAAGAUGGGUGAAUAUCUCAAAAUCCCUCCCCGUGUCAUGUUCCUUACUCAGGUAUAUGGUACUGUAUUGGGCGCUUUCGUCAAUUAUGCCGUCAUGAUUUCCAUCGUAGGUGGUAAUCGCGACCACCUCGUUAACAGCAAUGGCGACGCUUCAUGGAGCGGUGCGACCAUCCAGGGGUAUAAUACCAACGCAACCUCAUGGGCGAUGGCCAAAUACCUCUACAAAUCCGGGGCUAGGUACUCAAUUGUGCCUAUAGGUCUGGCAAUUGGCGCUGGUGCUGUCGUUGUCCACCGUUUUGUUGUACACUUUGUCCCUAGAAUUCGAGGCUUCUCGCUCUCGGAUUUCAAUUUCCCCCAGUUCAUCCAAUAUGCCGGUUAUAUCCCCUACAACUCGUCGCAGACUUGCGUCAUCUUCAGCCAGAUUCUUGCCGGAUUCUUCGUCCAGUUCUACCUCCGCAACUAUCGCCCGCGCAUCUUCAAGGAUUACUCGUACUUGAUCACGGGUGCCUUUGACGGUGCAAGUCUCACGGUUCUCUUUAUCCUGUCCUUUGCCGUCUUCGGUGCUGGAGGUCCUUCUAAACCGUUUCCAUCUUGGUGGGGCAACAACAUCAACGGCAACUACGAUUUUUGCCCUGUGGCCGAGUAGGCGGCCUGGCGGAGAAGACGGAACUUGUCGG